GAAGAUUGUCAUACAAGUGUUCUGCACAAGUUCGCAAACUUAUUUAGGUUCAAAAUGGCUCAGCUAAAGGAAUUAAAGGCCAAUCGGGGAUAUGUAAAAGGGGCGAUUAGUAGGUUAGAAACAUUUUGUACCUCGAACGAAUUCGCGACAGCAACACUUGAAGUGCUUGCUCAAAAAAAGGAAAGGGUGCUUAAAGCAUUUAAUGAUUACGAAGCGUACAAUAGAGCAAUCCUUGCUAUUGAGCCUGAGGAUGGUGAGUCGUAUGAAUUGUACGAAUCUAAAUGCGAUUUGUGUAUCGCCACGUUAAAUACGCGUCUACAUCCUGCGGAACCACCUGCGGCACAGACUACUGCAUCGACAUCUUCCGGACUAGGAGCAGGUAAAUUUAAAAAACUUCCGUGCAUUAAUAUUAAAACUUUUGAUGGCCAGAGUGUGAUGGACUAUCACCCAUUUAUAAAUAUGUUCAAAGCUGUCAUUGAUAUGGAUGCAAAAUUGAGCUCCUGCGAAAAACUGUACUAUUUACGGUCGUUUUUGGCAGGAGGAGCUUUAGAUUUGAUAAAGCAUUUAAUGCUUACAAAUGAAAACUAUGAGGUAGCCUUAAAACUCAUUGACGAUAGGUACAACAACAUACCAAAAAUUAUAAAUUUUCAUGUCAACAGUAUUAUUGACAUGCCAGUUUUGACAAAAUGUACAGCUUCUGGGCUGCGUUCCAUAGUGUCAACUGUAAAUAUGCAUCUUGCAGCAUUAAGAAACUUGAAUGAAAAAGUUGAGUUCUGGGAUACUAUAUUGGUCAAUAUUUUGUCUAGGAAGAUUGAUUCCUACACUUAUCGUGGAUUUCAUCUUGAGCGUGAUAUGAAAGAGGUUCCUAACUUGUGUGAAUUGCUUACUUUCCUAGAAAAAAGAGCAAUUGCGUUGGAAGCCACAAUGACGGAAGAGCCGAAGAAGCCGGUGAAAUCUGUUGUAAGUGCAGCAGCUGCCACUGGAGUCUCAUGCGUUCCAGUAUGUGUGCCGGCAGCUGACACCUGUGGGUCCAUAUUUGGUGAAGACGAGGUUCGGUCAUAUUGUAGGCGGGGCGCUGCCCUUCCCUGCUGGCAAGAAGUCUAUAAGUAACUAUUGUGUUACAUCUAAAGGUAAUCCUAUUGAUUUUAAUGUAGCUAGGGAUGAUUUGCAACCACCUUUCCCAUGUGUUAAACAAAGUGAGGUUUGCUUGCUGUCAAACGAUUGUCAACCUUCUGAAGACAUUGUUGAUAUAAUGUCCAAAUUUUGGGAUUGUGAAAAAGUACCUGACAUCAUUAGGGAAACCGGUACAGAGGUUGAGCAGGCGGAACAGAUUUUUCAGGAGUCAGUUAAAUUAGAAAAUAACAAGUUCACUGUAGCCAUGCCAGUGAAGGUUGAGUUGGAUAAGUUAGACUUAGGUGAUUCUUUUAGUAGCGCCUUGCAACGACUUUUCAAUUUAGAAAAGCGGUUUUCACGCGAUCUGGAGUUGGGUAAAAAGUAUAAAAAAUUCAUACAGGAUUACAUUGACCAAGGUCAUGCUAAAUAUUUUGACAUGUCUAAUUAUGACUUAAGUGCAGGCAAUGUCAUGUUUCUGCCCCACCACCCUGUGAUUAGUUCCAGUAAAACGACACCAGUUAGGGCUGUUUUUGACGCUGGUGCUGUCACAAAAAAUGGUAUAUGUUUAAAUGACAUUUUGUUAAAUGGUCCGGUGGUUCAAAAGGAUCUCUUUGAAAUUCUGAUUUUGUUCAGAACUUUCAAGUAUGUAUUAUUGUGUGAUAUAAAGGCUAUGUAUCGCCAAAUUUUGAUUGAGGAUAAGUAUCGUUGUUUGCAAAAUAUCUUGUGGCGCGAUUCUCCUGACGAGUCAGUCAAAUGUGUACAGUUGCAGACAGUUACAUAUGGUUUAAAGAAUUCUGCGUUCUUAGCAUGUAGGUGUUUGUUAGAAUUAGCCCAAAGGUAUGAAAGUCAAUAUCCCUUGGCUUCGUUCGUGUUGAAGCACACGUGUUAUGUAGAUGAUAUUCAGUGUGGUUCUAAUGAUUUGAAUGAGCUUGCGCAGAUGAAAAAGGAGUUGAUAGGGCUAAUGAAGUUCGCUAGUCUGUCUCUACACAAAUGGUGUUCUAAUAACCAAGAAAUUUUAAGCGACAUACCGGUUGAAUUGCAUCAACUCGAUAGUAGGAGCUUUGAUAAAAAUAAUGAAUAUGUUAAAACUCUUGGAUUGACAUAUGACGUCAUUACUGAUACUCUCAACAUGAAGUGUCCUGUUAAAGAGGUUCAAGAAAAGUACACGAAGCGUCAGAUGCUUAGCUUCAUAAGUAAAUUUUUUGAUCCUUUAGGAUUAUGUGGCCCUGUGUUAGUGCAGGCAAAGAUAUUAAUGCAACAGGUUUGGUUUGAAUCGUUGAAAUGGGAUGAGGUUUUACCUCAAGGUCUUAACAAAAAAUGGGUUGACUUUGCCAAUAGCUUAGUUCAAAUGUCCAGCAUCUCGGUCGCUAGGAAUAUCAAUAUUCAAGGAGCGCAAUCCUUAGAAUUAGUGGGAUUUUCUGAUGCUUCUAAUGCUGCUCAUGGAUGUUGUUUGUACUUACGUGUCAUUGAUGCUGACAACAAGGUUUCGGUGAAUCUUUUGUGCUCGAAGACGCGCAUCAAUCCUAAGGCUAAAUCCUUGACCAUCCCAAAAUUGGAACUGAAUGCUGCCCUGUUACUUGCUAUUCUAGUUCGGAAGGUGUACAAUGCUCUGUCCUUAAAAUACUCAGUGAGUGCUCACCUUUAUAGUGACUCCAUGAUUUUACUAGCUUGGUUAAAAACAUUACCAGUUAAGCUUAACGUGUAUGUAGGUAACAGAGUUGAUAAGAUUAAUAAGCUAUCCUCCGACUUUGAAUGGCAUUAUGUAAAUACGCAUGAUAACGCCGCAGAUAUAUUAUCUCGUGGUGUAGAGCCCCAAUUAUUGGAAAAAUGUGACAUUUGGUGGCAUGGGCCAAAGUUUUUGUCUGACCCUACUUACCAUCAUAAACCUGUAGAACAUGAUAUUUUAAAAUCUGAUGUACCAGAGCUAAAACCUACAACUGAAACCUGUCAUACUUGUGUAGAUGUAAGUUCUAGUUCGAUUGAUGCUUUGAUACAUAAAUAUUCAAAUAUAAACAAAUUGACAAGGAUUGUAGGUUAUCUCCUUAGAUUUGUAUUUAACUGCAAAAAUGUAAAUAUUAACAAACGUCAGGGAUAUUUAUCUCCCCAAGAAUUAGACUCUGCGUUGCGCAUGAUAAUUAAAUGUGAGCAAAGAAAGUUCUUUUGUAAUGAUAUUGAAGACUUAAAUAAUAAGUUGCCAUUAAAGUCUGGCUUAAACAGUUUGCAUCCUUUUCUUGAUUCUGAGGGAUUGUUACGUGUAGGUGGUAGAUUGCAAAAUGCAGGAUUGUCCUAUGACCAAAAGCACCCGAUUAUAUUGCCCAAAGGUUCUCAUGUAACAAAAAUUAUAAUUCAUAAUGAACACUUGAGGUUAAAACAUGCUGGUGCCACUUUGUUACUGAGUACCCUAAAUGAGAAAUAUUGGAUUUUGAAUGCCAACAGAGAACUAAAGUCCGUUUUGUAUAAAUGUAUAAAAUGUUUUCGACUUAAGGCAAAAAAUGCUACUCAAUUAAUGGGUUCUCUACCACUUGAUCGUGUAAAUAUG